CAUCGAAACCCGCCAGUUAGUUCAGCCCCAACGUGCAAAGUGAUCGUCAGUGAUUAUCCCUGUUAAUUAAUAAAGUUUUCACAAUGGGCCUGAAGUUCCUCACUCCCACGCAGAAGAAAUUUUACGAGGAGAACGGAUACGUCAAGCUGUCGAACGUUUUUACUCCCAAAGAAUUUCAGGAAAUUUCUGACGCCUAUGACGAUAUUUUUACCCGAAAACAAAAGGAACAUGUGGCGGAGAUGGAAAGCUCUUGGGGUGGCAAGGAGAUGAAGAGAUUGGCGGAAAAUAGAGACUAUACGGUAAAGGCAGUUCACGCCCUCCAGCUGCACAGCGCAGUAUUCACCCGCCUUCUGGUGAACCCGAAGCUCCUCGACGCCCUGGAGGACAUAAUGGAGACCCCCAACAUUCUCCUGCACCACACGAAGGCUCACCUAAAGCCUCCUGAGACAGGUGCUCCUUAUCUGAUGCAUCAGGACUACCCGUACUUUCCCUUCAAGAAGCACUCGAUGCUCGCGGUAUUCCUCCACCUCGACGACACGACCCCCGAGAACGGAGGUCUUGCCGUCUACCCAGGGAGCCACAAACUCGGCCCUUUGAAGCCUCACACCUCUCACGAUGAGCAAAAUGGAACAACUUUUUAUGUGGAUCCUGAAAAGUAUCCUCUGAACAAGGCCACCCCCGUCACCGCCAAAAAGGGGGAGAUUGUUAUUUUUUCGUAUUUAUUGCUGCACGGCUCCUACCUGAACCUGUCGGAGAGACCGCGCAGGAUGUUCCUGGCGCAAAUCAGGGCUGCUGAUGACGAACCCACUGAAGACGUUCACAAGUCGCCCUGUCAUGACAUGGUCCUCAGGGGGAGGAAUGUGGGACGAGAGGCGAGGAUGAAAGACCGGUAUAUUCAUUGAUUUCUUCGAAGAUGGGGUCCAUUAGAACCUGAUUCCCUUGAUUGGAAAAAUGAAAUUGAUUGUAAAUAUUAAACAAAGUCUCUUUGAAAUGA